AAGGCUUGUGGAUUCAGUUGUGUGGCAGCCUGCCGUGCUCACGCGCCCGGAGUCACUUGUCACUCUCUGGCAGUGGCUGCCCCUCGGGAUGGGCUUCUUUUGGAGGGCAGUGACAGGAAGGCGGCAGUUUCCUUGCCCGGAGGAUGAGGAUGGAGGCGAUGAGGCCUGGUUAGGUGGCUGGAGACACUGGGGAGGCGUCUGGUUUGGAAGCCGGCACGCGCACUCAUCUUGGAUCCGUGGCUUAGAGCUGUAUUUGACCAUUUUUAGACAGCUGGUGCUUGUGAAGAUGUGGGUGAAGGGUGUUCUGGACUGCCAGUGUCCUUCACAAUUGAGAGCCUGUAGCCAGUGCUUCCCAGGGAAUGCUCCAAGGAUUUUCUGCCCUCUAAAAUAUUUUGAAAACAGUGGGUUCCCUAAUCAGGUUUGUAAAAUCCUGCAUUCUGGGUUUUCUCCAAGCCUUCUCUGCGCUCUUUAGUACAUGAAAAUCUCUUAGCCCGAUUGCCAUGUGCAAGCUAUUCCUACCCAUGGAAGCAGAGUAUUUAAGACACACACUUUAGGAAAUGGUAGGCUGUGUUAUCGCUGGGAAUGAUCACUGGAUCUACACUGGGUCCAGGCAAAGCCGAUUCCGCCUCUGAUCCUGGGCGAGCACUCCCGUCCAAGGAGUAGCCACUCUUCUCCCCGGGCUGAUGAGCCUGGAGCCCAGCUGGCUUGAAGCGAGGCCUGCCUGCCUUGGGGAAGGUGCCACUGCGGCUGCUCAUCUCGUUAUUCUAAGAGUGACCGAGACUACAGGGGCAGAAGGGGCUGAGCUGGAGACUGCCGGCUCGAAUGGGAGCAGUGGCCUGACCUCCGGGCUCGGUCGGGUGCUUGGUUUUCAGUCAGAGAGCCGGUUCUGCAGAGGGCUGUGUCUUCAGGCCAGGCCACUGACUCCUCUUUUCCUCUGGGCAGACUCCUGAUGCUCCUGGCUAGCCGGUGGUGAGCCGGGGCUGUGGGGCCGACGUGGUGGGCUCCGCGAGGAAUCCCCUUUGACACCAAUGGAUGCUUUCCCGGGCUCGGGCCUCAAGAGGAAGUUUGACGAUGUGGAUGUGGGCUCCUCCGUGUCCAACUCGGACGAUGAGAUCUCCAGCAGUGACAGCGCAGACAGCUGUGACAGCCUCAACCCUCCAACGACUGCCAGCUUCACCCCCACCUCCAUCCUGAAGCGGCAGAAGCAGCUGCGCAGGAAGAAUGUCCGCUUUGACCAGGUGACUGUGUACUACUUUGCCCGGCGCCAGGGUUUCACCAGCGUGCCCAGCCAGGGUGGGAGCUCCCUGGGCAUGGCGCAGCGCCAUAACUCUGUCCGCAGCUACACGCUCUGCGAGUUUGCUCAAGAGCAGGAGGUGAACCAUCGUGAGAUUCUGCGUGAGCACCUGAAGGAAGAGAAGCUCCAUGCCAAGAAGAUGAAGCUGACCAAGAACGGCACGGUGGAGUCGGUGGAGGCGGACGGCCUGACGCUGGACGACGUUUCCGAUGAAGACAUCGACGUGGAGAACGUGGAGGUGGAGGAUUACUUCUUCCUGCAGCCUUUGCCCACCAAGCGGCGGCGAGCCCUGCUGCGCGCAUCCGGGGUGCACCGCAUCGACGCCGAGGAGAAGCAAGAGCUCCGUGCCAUCCGCCUGUCGCGGGAGGAGUGUGGCUGUGACUGUCGACUCUAUUGUGACCCAGAAGCGUGUGCCUGUAGCCAGGCUGGGAUCAAAUGUCAGGUGGAUCGCAUGUCCUUUCCGUGCGGCUGCUCCCGGGAUGGCUGUGGGAACAUGGCUGGGCGCAUUGAGUUUAAUCCGAUCCGAGUCCGGACUCACUACCUUCACACCAUCAUGAAGCUGGAGCUGGAGAGCAAGCGGCAGGUGAACCGCCCUGCGGACCCCGACGAGGAGCCCCCCGCUGCGGCCGGCUGCAGUGUGACGGGCGCCCCGGGCUCCGAGACACAGGACUUCCAGGAGUUCAUCGCUGAGAACGAGACGGCGGUGAUGCACCUGCAGAGCGCCGAGGAGCUGGAGCGGCUCAAGGAGGAGGAGGACUCGAGUGGCUCCAGCGCCAGCCUGGACUCGAGCAUCGAGAGCCUGGGCGUGUGCAUCCUUGAGGAGCCGCUGGCCGUUCCUGAAGAGCUGUGCCCCGGCCUCACGGCCCCCAUCCUCAUCCAGGCCCAGCUGCCCCCCGGCUCCUCUGUCCUGUGUUUUGCUGAGAACUCGGACCACUCAGCUGCCUCUCCGGUGAACGUGAACAACCCGUCGUACUUGAACAGCGGGCCUCUGGUCUAUUACCAGGUGGAGCAGAGGCCGGUCUUGGCAGUGAAGGGAGAGCCUGGUCCAGAAGGCCCAGCCUCCUUCCCCAAGGAGAAGGACGUGGGUGUCUUCUCCGUCCCCGUUACCUCACUGGUGGCCUGUGGCCCCCCAGACCCACCUGCCCUCCACAGAUCCGAGGUGGGGAAGACAGCCUCCCUAGAUGCGCUGCUGCCCGAAGAGUGUAACCCCGAAGAGCCUGGCAACGAAGACUUCCGCCCUUCCUGGUCCCCCUCGAACCUUCCCUUCCGCACAGACAAUGAAGAAGCCUGUGGGCUGGAGAAGCCCUCGCAGCCGAACGAGGACCGGCCCCCCGAAGAGGCUGCUGUAGAACUGCCCCUGGCUGUGUGACAGACCCCG